AUGUCCAAAAUCUUGUCAUCAAUUUCAGGAAACAUGAGUAAAUCAAUUGCUAAGUACGAUACAAUUGUGAUUGGAUCAGGGUUAGCUGGAUUAACAACAACUUAUCAAUUACUGAAAGCCGGACAAAAGGUGGCUUUGUUAGAGAAGAGCGACAAGUUAGGGGGUAACUCCAUAAAGGCUUCAUCAGGUAUCAAUGGUGUUCCCACAAAAUACCAAAAACAACCACUGCAAGACUCUAUUGAGUCUUUUGUUCAAGAUACUUUGAAAACUGGGAAGAACUUGAACGAUAAGAAGAUGGUUGAUAUUUUAACUAAGAAUUCCCGCGAUGCCAUCUAUUGGCUUAACGACGAAAUAAAUGUCGACUUGUCUAAUGUUGUUUUAUUAGGAGGUCAUUCGCAUGCCAGAACCCACAAGGGUGACAAGUUACCUCCUGGAUUUGCAAUAGUUUCUGCAUUAACUAAGAAGCUUGAUGGUAUCCAAGCAGAAAACCCGAACCAGCUUACAAUUUUAAAGAGUUCUACCUUGACUAAGAUUUUAACGGAAGGAAACAAAGUCAAGGGAAUAGAAUUUACGGAUGGUGAAAAGCAAACUCAGCAAAUGCACGCAGACAAUGUCGUCUUGGCCACUGGUGGGUUUUCCGCUGAUUUCGACUCCCCAACAUCAUUGUUGCAAAAGUACAGACCAGACUUGCUUGGAUUCCCUCUGUCAAAUGGUGCACAAACAACUGGUGAUGGACAGAAAAUUGCCGAACGUGAUGUCGAUGCAGAGUUGAUUCAUAUGGACAAAGUUCAAAUACACCCUACUGGAUUUAUGAAAGUGUCCAAUCCUAAUGAAAAUUGGAAAUUCCUUUGUGGUGAACUUAUGAGAGGUAUUGGGGGUAUUUUACUUUCGCCAGCUACUGGUUGGAGAUUUGUUGACGAAUUGCAACCAAGAGACAUUGUAACCGAUGCGGUAUUGAAAGGUUCUAAGGUUGGUCAAGACAAUGAGAUUGGGUUGAAGUCUGAUAAUGGGGAUGGAUACGGUUCUGUAAUUGUCAUUAGUGGGAACGAUUACCAAAAAGCCACUACUCACAUUGAGUUUUACAAAUCUCAGGGAUUAUUACAAGAAGGAUCGAUUGAGGAUUUGUAUCAAUUAUUGAUCAAAUUAAAUCCAAAAUUGCCAUUAACACUUAACCAGUUACAGGAUAAAUUUUCCGUUUAUGACGCAGCUAUCGAGGCUACGCAACAGGAUAGUUUAGGAAGAACAAAAUUCGGAAGCAAAUUUGGAGAUUUGAAGAAAUUGUAUUUUGGUGUGACUACACCGGUUGUACAUUUCACUAUGGGUGGUAUUAAAGUUAAUCCAUCUAAUGCAAAGGUUGUCACCAAAUCAGGAGAUACAAUUUCCAAUUUGUUUGCAAUAGGUGAAGUAAGUGCAGGUGUGCAUGGUAAUAACCGUUUGGGAGGAUCUUCCUUACUUGAAUGUGUUGUAUUUGGUAGAUUUGUUAGUGAGAAUAUUCUUGCUGGUAAAAACUAG